ACCGAGGCACACGUCAGAGUUCGAAGUUUAAUAAAUGUAAUUUCAGCACCAAGCACCAAGGGCUGGUUGCAUGUGGCUGCUGCAUUUCGUGCGCACCUACCUAUACCAGAACUUACGAGGCUUAACUUUUAACUCUUCCAUCCAGAAUUGAAUUUUUUUCGAUGUUAAACUCCGCGUCGCAUGAAUACUCCACAACUAGACUUCCACAACAUCCUAUCUGCUUCGGGGGCGUUCUAUUCCUGAAGCCACCUCGGCUUUCAGCAUGAUAUCGGCUACCCGACAAUGGUUCCGCCGCAACAGAACACCAAUAGCAAUUGGUGUCGGCGUCAUUGGCGCUGGCUACCUAGCUACUCAAUAUGUGUUGACUAAGAUUAACGAUGCGCGCGAACGUAUGAGUAGUGACCGCAUCGCGAAGGAGAACCUUCGACGGCGAUUCGAACAAAACCAGGAGGAUUGUACGUUUACCGUCCUAGCGCUUCUACCGACCGCGACCGCGAUGAUCCUCGAGGAUAUGAAUACCGAGAAGAUCACCUUAGAAAUCCAGCAGAUGAAGGGUAACGCCAAGAGUUUGCGCAGCAGCGGCGAAUUGUCAGCUACACCGCCUAGCAUUGCUGAUACGACUAUGACCGAGGAGGAGGGUAAGAGUACAGCAAGUUUUCAAAGUGAGAGCGGUAUACAUGCAAGCCAGAUGACAUUGCCCUCUACUUCAAAUGGAGAUGGUCCUCAAGAUGGUGGUCAACCCGUGCAAAAACCGAGGAAGACGAAAAGGCAAUUAUGGGACGAUUUAACAAUUAGCUCAAUAACGCGCGCCUUUACUCUGAUUUAUACAUUAGCUCUCCUUGACAUGCUCACGCGAAUCCAGCUUAACCUCCUCGGCCGACGAAGCUACUUAUCGAGUGUAGUAUCGCUAGCAACCGGAACCGCACAGUCGACGAUAAGCUUAGAAAACAACGAUGAUGAUAAUACGGAACCAGCGUACGGAAGUGAUUUUGAGACAAACCGAAAGUACCUGACCUUCAGUUGGUGGUUACUACACCGUGGCUGGGUUGAGAUCAUGGAGAAUGUUGAAGCCGCCGUUCGUGAUGUGUUUGGACACCUGAGCCCUCGCGACCUUCUAAGCUUCGAUACUUUCUCGCAGCUCACACUUGAGGUCCGUAAAAAGAUGGAAGGAAGAAGAGAAUUCGAGACGAGUGAAACGAGACCGGGCUCUAAGUGGCUACCAUUCCUGCUUCCUCCCACUAAGAUGGAAGACUUUGUCCUCAGGGAAUCGGGCGUCAUGGGAGAUCAGGAUACUACAUCGCCAUCGCCGACAUCUGGGGCGGCUCUUCGUCGCCUCCUAGAUGAGACAUCUGACCUCAUAGAAUCACCAGCCUUUACACAUGUCCUUACACUCCUCCUCGAUGCCGGCUUCUCCACCCUUCUACAUAAGAAGGUUCUUCCCGGUGCCUACGAACUUCCAGGAACCCCGUUCACUACACCCCCGUCAUCCGAUAUAGGACAGCUUGUGGGUCAGCAGGCUGCAGUUGCUGCAGCGGGAUCCAAAGCAGUUCUACUACCCAAGAUCCUCUCAGUUCUGACACGACAGGCGCACGCUAUUGGCCAUGGUAUGCCCAAUGAGUAUCUUCAGGAGAUGGAGAAAGUGCGCGAUCUCGAGGCUUUUGCCGCCGUUGUCUAUUCGAGCAAUUGGGAAAACGAGAUUCAGGAUGAGGGCUUAGUUCUGUCCCAAGCCGCCAAAGACUUAACGAGAGCUGGUAAUACAGGGUUAGCGCCCGGGAAUAGUAGUAUUGGAAGGUUCUCGCAGGGUUCAACACUUGGCGAAGAGAGCAUGGUAAUGAUUGACCCAUCACAGUCUCAGAUGCAGACCCAAGGCUCAUCAUUCGAGACUGCGUGGGAAAGAGCGACGGAUCAGGGAUAAUGAGCAUAGGCGUUGUAGUGUGGUGUGGUAUUACGUGAUUUAGAAAAUGGUAAUUGAACAGGAUAUUCAUUUGGAAAGAGGACAGGCAUGAUUCUGAAUCGAGAGGAUAGACAGGACUUAUAUCUCAACAUAUCAUAUCGACGUAUUAUGUAUGGCCGUCAUAAUAAAGAAAUUCAAGGGACUGAAGCUACAUGUUUAUCACAUAAUAUCAAGUAUUCCCAUAUUAUUUUUGCUACUAUUAAUUACUAGGUACGUAGUGGGCCUACACGUACCACUCAUGAUGGAAGACGAUUUCAACAAAAUAUCCCAAUUCCACAAGGGACUCACAUGAUACUGUAUCCGUCCCAAUCUUGAAU